UGGGGAGGUGGCGCGGAGGGGAGCCGGGCGGGAGCGGGCCGGGCCUGAGGGGAGCGGCUGUGACACGAUCGCGUCUGACAGGGCCGGGUCGGGUCUGACGGGAUCGGGGAGCUCCGGGCGCGCAGAGGGGAGCAGCCCGCCGCCCCCCGGCCUCUACGUGAGCGACCGGUAGCGCCCAGCAGCCGGCGGGGUCUGCGCUUCCCCUUCCUCCCGGGGCUUUCCGCGGAGCUGGGAAUGGUGCAGCUGUGCGGCACGCGGCGCCUCGGCCACAGCGCGGCUUAGCGACCAGCGGGUCCCUCGUAAGUCGUCUAGGGAGGCCUUCCACGGCGGCGUUUUAAUUACACGCGGUGUAAAUGCGCGCAGGGCUGGUUGUGUUGUGGGAGGGGCGCUUUGAAGUCGUGCUCAGCUGCUAGUGCAACUGUUACGUGCUGCUUUUUUUAAGUUUUUUUUUAAUUCUGGGAAAGGGGAGCCAAACGCUUGUGUUUUGUUUUGUUUUGUUUUGUUUUUUUUAUCAGCUUUUGUAAUUCACUGUGGCUGAAUAUGCUCAGCAAUGGGCCAAUAUGUGCUGGGGAGGCUCUCCAAAUUUCACUCUGAAAGUGGGAGAUGACAAGGCGCUAAGCUUACAGCUCCGUUUCUUACAAAAUCGUUAACGGGUAGCCACUAAGUAUAUUUGGGAGGCAUAUUCCUCCUCUAGUGAGGAAGAGACUUUUAACACAUGUUUUAGUCUCUGAGUAUUCAGCUAGCUCUCUUUGGAUACGCAAAAUCCUUUGAAAGUCAUCAGGGUUCUACGUGGGCACAGAGCUUUUCCCUCACGGGCAGGGCAUGAUAGAGAACGCCCAGGGUGGAUGCUAUUUCCAACAUACAGCUGUUUGCAGCUCACUAUGAGUUCUCCUGGUUUUCGCUGCUGCGCUUUUGAAUCUACAAGCCAAAAGACUGGAACUCGGAUUUAGUUGAGUUGUAAAUAAAAGGAUCUUUUACACUGGCAAAAUGGCCGAUAGUCCAAACUGUGAUUUGAAAUCCCUGAGUCCACUUCAGCUGUUUGAAAGAGUAACUGAGCAAGGAGAGAAAGUCAGAGCACUGAAAGCAGGAAAAGCACCAAAGGAUGAAAUAGAUGCAGCAGUGAGGAUGCUGUUAUCAUUAAAGCUGUCAUAUAAAACAACAACGGGACAAGAUUAUCAGGCAGGCUUACCUCCAACAGACCUUGCAUUAAUAAACAAUGGUACAACUAAAGAAGAGGAUGAGGAUUUUGUGGACCCCUGGACAGUGCAGACAUCAAAUGCUAAAGGCGUGGAUUAUGACAAACUCAUAGUUCGGUUUGGCAGCACUAAAAUUGACACGGAUCUGAUCAAUCGAAUAGAAAGAGCUAUUGGGCAAAAACCUCACCGCUUUCUACGUAGAGGAAUCUUUUUUUCUCACAGGGAUAUGGACCAAAUCCUUCAUGCUUACGAAAAUAAGAAGUCCUUUUACCUUUAUACGGGCAGAGGGCCGUCCUCUCAGGCAAUGCAUGUUGGUCAUCUUAUCCCAUUUAUAUUCACAAAGUGGCUGCAAGAAGUAUUUGAUGUUCCCUUAGUUAUACAGUUAACUGAUGAUGAGAAGUACCUCUGGAAGGAUCUGACAACUGAGAAGGCAUAUGAAUAUGCUAAAGAAAAUGCAAAAGAUAUCAUUGCAUGUGGUUUUGAUGUCAAUAAAACCUUUAUCUUUUCUGAUUUAGACUACUUGGGGUCAAGUAUGGGAUUCUACAGAAACAUCGUCAAAGUUCAGAAGCAUGUUACAUUUAACCAAGUGAAAGGAAUCUUUGGCUUUACAGACAGUGAUUGCAUUGGUAAGAUCAGUUUUCCUGCUAUUCAAGCUGCUCCAUCCUUCAGUUCAUCAUUUCCACAGAUCUUCAAUGGCAAGGAAAACUUACAGUGUCUUAUUCCAUGUGCUAUUGAUCAGGACCCUUAUUUUAGAAUGACCCGAGAUGUAGCACCUAGAAUUGGAUAUCCUAAACCAGCCUUACUGCACUCAGUCUUCUUCCCAGCCUUGCAAGGAGCACAGACAAAAAUGAGUGCUAGUGACCCCAACUCCUCCAUCUUCCUCACUGAUACACCCAAACAAAUCAAGACAAAGAUUAACAAGCAUGCCUUCUCGGGAGGCAGAGAUACUAUUGAAGAGCACAGGAAGUAUGGAGGUAACUGCGAUGUCGACGUGUCUUUUAUGUACCUGACUUUCUUCCUCGAAGAUGAUGACAGGCUUGAACAACUGAAGCAGGCAUACACAAGUGGGGAAUUGCUCACAGGGGAGCUGAAGAAGGUACUUAUUGAAACAUUGCAGCCCAUGAUAGCAGCUCAUCAAGAGAGACGGAAGCAGGUCACAGAUGAAGUGGUGAAGCAAUUCAUGACUCCACGGAAGCUAGCUUUUGAAUUUUGAAGAAAUGCUUAUGUAACUUACCAUUCGAUGAACCAAAAUUGACUGUUGUCUUCUGUUGUAUAUGAUCAUUCCCUAGUUAUGUACAACCUGCAAUCACUGCUUUAUAAAUAUUGCUCUUAGUGAGUUACUUCCUAUGAACAUCAGAGUACAUGAAAAAUUGAAAACUGGACUCGUAGCUACUUAAAAUCAAAGUGUGUUAAUAAAGGCAUUGAAUCUGUACAAGACAGAAUUACCCAAUCUUGCAGUGAGGCAUGUCUGUCAGCACAAGACUGUAUUUUAUUGUAUUUCAUGUUGAAAAUAUAAAUAAAAAUGCCAUUUUAAUGA